AGUUGCGCGCUAGACUUUUGACGGAACGGUUCAUACCAUACGGUUCACAGCUCCGGUUAAGUGAGAUGUGCUACUGUUUAGGAACGCUAUUGCCUGUAUUGUUGUUGUUGUUGUUGUUGUAGGCGCCCGCGGCCCCACCAACAUCCGGUUCCAGGUGCACUUGCAGGUGUUUGGCGCCAAGCAGCUGCCCACUUCGGCGCGGUGCAGAGACAAUUUAUUUAUCUUGUGUCAAGUGUGCGGUGUACUAGGAACACAUUGCCCCAUUGUAGCCCAGUAGCAGCCUAUGUAUACACCGCACCUCUCUCCUACCCCCGCCGCAAUACCCAGCCUGACUGCUAGUCAGUGAAAGUUGGCGGUUCUGUGUUUCAGUGGGUGCCGUGUGGCGCCGUCUGCGGAGCACUUAGCCAAACAGUUGGGACGCUCCUCAGGAGACGUUGCCAUACUCCUACGCUCCCGCCCCGUCUCCGUCUCCGCCACCGCCUCCGCCACCGCCUCCGCCACCGAAUUCGAAUCCUCGUCGCCAUCGUUGUUUGUCGUUAUUGUUGUUUCACGUAUUUGUUGUUGUUGAUUUCGUCGCGCGCGUUUUUCUCUCGUGCGGUUCCCCAAUCGGAUGGCAUUAUCUGAGGCCCGCGGGAUAUAUCUGAAGAGUUCUUGUUGUUCUUAUUGUUGUUAUUGUUGUGGUUGUGGCUUACUUUGUUGUUUUUGUCGCCAGCCAGACUUAAAUUAAAAGCGAACUGUUUCUUCGCACCUCGGGCACCCCGACGCGAUUCAACUGACUAUUUGCCGUCGCCCCGUUCCCCUUUGAACCGGGGGCAUCAUGCAUCUUUAAUCAGUACUGAUGAAUUUGGUGGAUGUGCAAAUGUUUGCAGCGAAUGAAUAAAGCAUUAAAUAAGCACUUCCAGGCAAUUGUCGAAGCACAGUGAAAAUUAAAAUGAAAACGACCCGUGAAUAUUGAGAUAAAUGUAUUACAAUUAAAGCGACAUCUCAACUGGAUUACUUUUACAGAACAAUACUACUUGGAAGCGAUUCAAAUUGAAUAUAUUCACCUAUAUAUCUAUCACCUGGUGGCUGAAAUUUGAAGCUCAAAAUGGAACCCAAAUCCAGCUUAAGCACACAAGAGGAACGUGCUCUUAAAAGUUCAGAGAAACUCAAGAUGCUGGAUAUAACGCGAGACAAGCCAGUUAAGGUGUCCGUUAAAGUGGCUGUGCCUGUGCGUGAUCAUCCCAAGUUCAAUUUCGUUGGCAAGCUGCUGGGACCCAAAGGCAACUCGAUGAAACGCCUCCAGGAGGACACAAUGUGCAAAAUGGCCGUGCUGGGACGCGGUUCGAUGCGCGACCGCCGGAAGGAGGAGGAACUGCGGGCCAGUGGCGACAGUCGCUACGCCCAUCUCUUCGAGGACCUGCACGUCGAGAUUUCAACGUUUGCGGCACCGGCCGAGGCACACGCUCGCAUUGCUUAUGCAUUGGCGGAAGUGCGUCGGUUUCUAGUUCCGGACUAUCAUGACGAUAUAAGGCAGGAGCAGAUGUGGGAAAUGCAGGCACUGACAUCGACGCCCACGCUGAGCCACCUGGACGACUCGCAGAGUCCGACAAAUACCACUCGCGGCCUGGGCGGUGGUCUGGCCGACAUGGACACGUCCAACGAUGAGAAGUCUGACAACGAUACCAGCGGCAUGGAUUGUCUCUCACCGGACAAGCUCGAUUGCGGUCAGUCGUGCAGCAGCAGCGACGCGCACCAACACCACCAUCAGCAGCAGCAGCAACAACAACAACAGCAGCAACAACAACAGCAGCAGCAGCAACAUCACCAUCAUCAUCACCAACCAGCGCAUUUCCAUCAGUUACUCCAAACGCAUGGAGGCGCCAGCGCUGCUGCAUCCGCCAUGGCCUGUGGGGACCAUCUCGCUGGGCAGGCGAAUUCGGCGACGGCAGCAGCGGCUCUACACACAACAGCGAUGGCAGUGGCGUUGCAGCAUCAACUGACUGCCGCGGGCAUAGGCGGACUUUUGAAGCCGGCACAGGGUGUGGGUGGGGCGAUGUCGGGGCUGGCUACAACACAGAGCAGCGCCACAGCGUUGCAGCUGACAGGCAGCGAUAAUGAUGCAAACACAUCAACAUUAACGCUGCUCGAUCCACCCGGGACACUGUUGCAUCCAGCGCUGCGCAACGUGAAGACCAUCAACAUAGGCGGGGGUCUGGGACGCAAGCGACCGCUGCUGGGCGUACCGCGUUCCGGCAUGAAUCCCACAAAGCGCACCGUGAUGAGUUUGCUGGCGCGUGCGAAGAACUCCCAGGCGUUGCACACAGUACGUCAGCCCAUGGUGACCACCUCAACAUUUGGCGAGCCACUACAGAUGCUGGCAUCACCUUUCAUCAUUCCGCACCAGGGCAUGGAUCAGUCGAUUUUAGCGCUGCCCAAGGAGAGUCUCGCCCAAGGCGUCUAACCCUAUGACUUUUAUAUGCUGCGCAGCACUGAUGGUCGCACCUGACCGACUACAAAUUUGCCCCGCCUCCUUCUUCUAAAGACACGACAAACAAAUAACAAAUGGACACAAAUAAGUUAGGAUUACCAGAAACACUUUAUGAAAGCGAACAAGAUUCGAAUCGAGUCCAUCGACUAGCACACACACUUACACACACACACACACACACACGUCAGCGAAUACUUUGCGCUUUUUGUGCCCCUUUGGGUACACAACUGUAUGUCUUUGAAGAAGCUUCCGAGGGGAACUAGGGAUCGUCUGAUUUCCCUGAAUUACCAGAAAGCCUGUCUACACACGAUUUGUUCUAAGCGAAUUAUAAAUAAAUAACACAAGUAUUUUUAAUGCGAUGUUUUAUUUCAGAAAACCAAAAAAAAAAAAAACAAAUUUAAGAAAAACUUAACCAGUAAAAAUCUAAAAUGCAUAAAAAACCAAACUAAAUUAGUGUCAAAUUAACGAACAACUUUUAAUAGAAUUAAAAUGUAAACGCAAUUACUUUAAAUAA